UAAAGUACGCAUGCGCCACCGGAAGUGAACCCCUGCCCGCUAUAUAAGAGGCCGGGAAGCCCCGUAGUGCCCUUUUUGCUCGGUCGGAGUCGGAGCUGCCGCCAUCAUGACCGACUGGGAGACGGCUCCGGCCGUGACGGAGACUCCGGACAUCAAAUUGUUCGGGAAAUGGAGCACGGAUGAUGUGCAGAUCAACGACAUCUCCCUGCAGGAUUACAUCGCGGUGAAGGAGAAGUACGCCAAGUACCUGCCGCACUCGGCCGGGCGCUACGCGGCCAAGCGCUUCCGCAAGGCCCAGUGCCCCAUCGUGGAGAGAUUGACCAACUCCAUGAUGAUGCACGGCCGCAACAACGGCAAGAAGCUCAUGACCGUCAGGAUCGUCAAGCACGCCUUCGAGAUCAUCCACCUGCUCACCGGGGAGGUGGGGAUUCCAGGGGGGAAAAGGAGGAUGGAGGGGGAAGGUGUUUGA